CUUGAAAAUAAUUCUGUUUAAUAAAAUACUAUAUGUAUAAAAAGCAAUGUUUUUCUUAAACAUAUAUUGGUAUCAUUUAAGUGCUAUAUUUAUUAUAUCGCUAAUACCUCUCUAUUUUUAUUUGACCCGGACAUUCAAUUAUUGGAAAUCGAGAGGAAUUGAUGGACCAAGGCCAAUUGUAUUUUUUGGGACGUUUUAUCAAAUAUUAUUAAAACCUAAUCCAUUAGUUGUAUUGGAUAAUGCAAAACGUUAUGGAAAAAUAUAUGGGAAGUCGUCCAGUGUUAUGUUUAGCUGACCCUGAACACAUUAAAGAUAUAUUAAUCAAAGAUUUCCACGUAUUUGUCGAUCGCAACGAUUUUCACAGCGGAGACCCAUUUAACGACAGAUCGCUGUUUAAUCUGAUGGGAGACCAGUGGAGGAAAAUGCGAGCCAUUAUUAGUCCAACAUUUUCGAGCGGAAGAAUGCGUUCAAUGCAUCCCAUUGUCACCGAUUGUGUUAAGAGAUUAGAGGACUAUUUGGAGACAAAGGCUUCCGAUAAAAGCAAUAAUGAGAUUGAAUUGAAGAAAGUGAUGUCCGACCUAACAAUGGAUGUGAUCUCUUCGUGCGCUUUCGGCACCAAAAUAGACGUCUAUAACGACCAGAAAAGAAGUGAAUUUGUCAUUCAAACCAUUAUAUCUCGACGUAAAUCAGAUAAAGCCAAACACAACGAUUACUUACAACUUAUGAUAAAUGCAUUAAACACUUCAUCGGAUGACACGGAUGAGCAGGAUAUCGAUGACAGCGGACACGAGAAGAUCUUUGGUGUGAAUAAUGAAAAAGUGGACAAAAGUAAUCGCAAGGAAAGCAUUACGGAAGACGACAUUCUGUCCACUUCUUUCCUAUUCUUCAUCGCCGGUUACGAAACGACAGCCACUCUCACCUCGUAUUUGUUAUAUUCAUUGGCUUUGGAUGAGAGCUGUCAACGAAAAUUAUACGAAGAAAUCCGACGUUUUAAAGGAGACUUCAAUUACGAGAGUAUUUCCAAAAUGCAUUAUUUGGAGGCAUGUGUAGCAGAAACCCUUCGCCUCUAUAAUCCUGUGCCACAAACUGGAAGAAUGGCUGCAGAGGAAUAUACAAUUGGUGAUACAGGGUUAAAAAUUGCUAAAGGGAUGAUUGUGAACCUGGACAUUCAGACCCUCCAUCACAGCCCGGAAUACUACCCAAACCCUGAUCGUUGGGAUCCGGAGAGGUUUAUGCCGGAGAAUAGGGACCAAUUGGUUCCAUACACUUACCUACCAUUUGGUUUGGGGCCCAGAAAUUGUGUGGGAAUGAGGUUCUCGUUAAUGGAGGUCAAGACAGCGGUC